AUGGAUGAUUGUGUGAAUGUCUCUUAUGAAAAGAUUAUGGACAAACAUACUGAUGAUUUUGAGGGUUUCCGAAUGAAACCAAAUGAACACGAUGAUGAGUUUUAUCUGACUUUUUUGAGGUUUGUGGUUAGUUUUGUGAAGGAUAUCAAGUGUAUGCUUGAGGAAGAAAAGAUGACUAUGGAACUUAUGAAAAACACAACAAUUUCUUUUCAUGAACUAGUAACAAAAGAUGAGAAGGAAGAUGGUAUGCUACAUAUGUUAACAGUGGAAAUGAAAGAUGAUUCACACCACAAGACACAAGCAGAUGAUGAUUGGCAACAAAAAUUUGAGAAAGAUGAUGGGAGAAGUGAAAUUCUAGAAAUAGCCCUGUUGGUUGAAGUGGUAAAAGUCUAG